AUGUCGAUUCACAAGGAGCCGGAGUUGUAUUUUGAUGAGGGCCAGUAUCUUUUAGCAGACUCGGCAUAUGGUCUAUCAAUGACCUGUAUCCCCGCAUAUAAGUCACCGGCGUCAAACAUCACAGCAAACAAGGAGUUCAACUACUGCAUCGCUAAGGCUCGGGUUCGAAAUGAGCACUCGAUUGGGAUACUCAAAGGUCGAUGGGCAUCGCUACAGCAACUUCGGCUCUUGGUGUACAAAAAGCGGGACAUGCUUCAAGUUUGUCGUUGGGUUAAUGCAUGCAUGACGCUUCACAAUAUGCUGGCUCACUUGGGCGACUCUUGGGAUGAAAUAUGCCCAGCAGACAGAGAUUCAGGAUCAAUUGAAGACCAAUCAGCAGAGGAGGGAACUGCCGAGGAACGACAUCGAGCUGAAAUACAGGCAAAGUGUUUGGCUUUAAAAUACUCAAGACGUGUUCUUCCCCUUUGA